UUCUCUCUCUCUCUCUCUCUCUCUCUCUCUCUCUCUCACUCUCUCUCUCUCUUGCCAUUUUCUUGGUUCAUUGUUUCUUUUAACAACCCAAAGAUUUCAGAUUUGUUAACAAAUUAAGGAUUCCGAACAAUUUGUAUAAGUCAAUGGCUUCUCCAACCAACAAAAAUCCCUCUUUUUCUCCGCCAAUCCCUAACAGACCAAACCCUAAACCCAGAAACUCUGAAGCCGGUGAUCCGUUACGCCGGAGCUUUGGUGGCAACCCUUUUCCGGCGAUUACAAAAGUCAAUAUCCCCUCAGAGUUUACUCGGAGGAACUCUUUUGGUGGAGAAGACAAAGAGAACGAGACCAAAGCUGUUACAACUCCAAAAGUUUCCAAGAACUUCAUGUCACCAACAUUCUCAGCAGUUUCUAAAAUCAAUCCAUGGCCAAGGAAGAGAGUGUUGUCUGAUAAAAACGAAAUGUCUCGGUCCUUCUCUGAUGUGAAAGGUCUUAUCUUGGAAGACAACAAAAGAAGUCAUCACCGUGCUAAGUCGUGUGUUUCGUUUUCAGAUGUCAUACACUCCAUUUGUAUUGAUGAAAAGAUGCAGUUUGAAGGGUCACAUGACAUGACUGUGACUGAUUUUUAUGAGAAGGAAGUUUAUGAGAACAAAGGGAUUACAUAUUCUGAUCCAAGGUUCAGGAUCAGUCCUCGUCCUUCUGUUCCAUACACAUCGCCUGAAUUCGCAGCUCGUGAAGUUGAUACUACAUUGUUGCCUCCUUAUGAUCCGAAGAAGAAUUAUUUGUCGCCGAGGCCUCAGUUCCUUCAUUAUAAGCCGAAUCCAAGAAUCGAGAAGCGUUAUGAUGAGUGCAAGCAGCUUGAGGAACUUUUCAUCUCUGAAAGCUCUUCUUCGGAAACUGAAUUGUCUGUAGAAGAAUCUGAUACAUGUGAGGAACAGGACAAGGAUGGAGCUGAGGCAGUAGUAGAAGAUGAAACUGAAGACGUGGAGCAAUUGGAAGCAGAGAGUGAUCAAGAAAUGGUUUGUGAGAGCGUUAAAGAAACAAGUCAGAUUCCAAAACAGUCUAAUUUCAGGAAAUUCAAGUUCCUUGGUUGGUUUUUGGCUUUGGCCAUGGCGUGUUUGUUGGUUUCAGCGACCUUUUCUUCACCGAUGAUUUCAACUUUCAACGAGUUCCAUAUCACAAAAGAAAUCACAGAGUUUGCAAAAGCUAAUAACUUGGACAAGGUGAGUGAAAAGCUCUGGACUUUGACAGAAUCAUCACUUGUGUAUAUGGAUAAGCUGAUCUCAAGUCUUGGAGGAGGGAAUGAGGAAUAUGGUCAAUUCCAAUUUCAUAACUUGACAUAUACUCUGGAGGAUAAUACUGUUUUCAAGCCAACAAGUGUUGAAACCAAUCUUUUAGAUGUCUAUGGAGAGGAUGGUUCUGUCAAUGUCUAUGGAGAGGAUGGUUCUGUCAAUGUCUAUGGAGAGGAUGGUUCUGUCAAUGAAGAACCAUUACAAGAGAAGAGCACAGUUGAAACCAAUCUUUUAGAUGUCUAUGGAGAGGAUGGUUCUGUCAAUGUCUAUGGAGAAGAUGUCUAUGGAGAGGGUGGUUCUGUCAAUGUCUAUGGAGAAGAUGUCUAUGGAGAGGGUGGUUCUGUCAAUGUCUAUGGAGAGGAUGGUUCUAUCAAUGGAUCUGACCUAAAGAGUGGAGGAGAGGAGAAAUCAGAUGGGGAUGCAGAAACUAAUGAAUCUGAUGAACAGACUGAGGUGAGAUGGAACACAGAUAUAGAGUUAAGUGAAACUGAAGGGAACUUGAAAGCUCUUUCCGACAAUGGCUUCAAGUGGAACACUGAAGAACAGAGAGAGUCUGAGGUGAGUCCUAAAGAAGAGCUUGAAACAGGCUCAUCCAAAAAGGACCAGGAGAAGCUGGAAGAAGAUAUAUCCGAAGCUAUCUACAUUAACCAGCAUGUUGAAUCCGUUGCCAUCAAUCUCCACCAGCAAAGAGAGAGUGAGAUACUUGCUGCUGAAAGUGGAUCAGAAGAAGAAAGUUCUGGAGAAAUUGGUGAUGAUCUUCUUCAUCUUGAAGGAAGUUCUACUAACAAGGCUGAUAAUGAUUUAGCCAAAGCUGAUGCUAAAAGUGGAACAGAAGAAGCUUUUGAGGAAACUGCAGCAGAAACUAGUGAUGAUCUUCAUCCUGAAGUAAGGUCUGAUAAUGAUUCAGUCAAGGCUUUGAUAGUUAUGUCCUCGGCUGUGCUGGCUAUACUCGCAGCGGUUGCUUACAUAUACGUUAAGAAGGUAAAACCUAUGGCUGCAUUUGCUCCUGAACCAGACGCUGAGACCAUCAUCGAGGAUGUAGUACCAGUAGAUAAUCUGACAAAAGAAAAGCUUUCUGCACUUAAGUUCGAGGCCGAAGAAGUUGAUGACAGAAUGAGCAACAGUUUCCACAAGAAGAGCUCGUUCCACAAAGAACCUCAAAGUGAAGGAUGCAAGAAGAAUACCAACAGUAGCAGUAGCAAGUUGAGGAGAGAAUCGAUGGCAUCUUCAGCAUCAGAAUACUCUGUUGGCUCCUUUUCUUAUGGAAGUUUCACAACUUAUGAGAAAAUACCCAUCAAAAGUGUAAGUACCAUCAUCAAAUCAGUGAUCACUUGAAGUACAAAGUUUUUGCAUCGUUUUUA